AUGUCCAGCGGAGGCAGCCGAGCGGUUACGAAUCACCGCUCGGGCCAGCCGGCGGGGCAGAUCCUCCAGCCCCUGAAGCGGCACUUGCCUUUUCUCUCGACAAGGCCUCCUUUUGUCUCCCCGGAUGAUUACCACCGGUUCUCCACUGCUGAGAACAGUCAGAUCACCGAAGAGGCCGCCGAGGCUAUUGUGGUCAGGACACCGGUGAGUUCUUGUAACUAGUCCUCUUCACUCGUUUUCUGAAUUUUGUGGCAUACUGCGUGGUCCUUCUACUUGUAAGUAAAGAAUAAUUGCCUUCCCCAUGAGCCCUUUCAGAUCUGCAAGUUUUGCAAUUUUCUGGUUCGAAUCGGGUGGAAAACGAGGGUUUGUUCAAGAACGUUGCUGGGAAAUUUUGAUACUUGACGUAGAAAAGUAUGCGUGACUGUGCUUCUGAGUCCUUGUUUGUCACUGGGGUUCUUUAAUUGUGAACAAGGAGGCACCGCAACAAGCGAUGUCGAUUAAUGCUCUUUCCAUCUCUUUCUUUUUUCUGCUGUUACUUCUCCAGAAAUGGCCUUUAUUUUCAUGUCUAGGGGCAACUCUUCCCUGUCAGAAGCGGGAGGCAGGUCCUCUAAUUUCUGUGAUCAUUUUAAGGCUUCAAGAACAUCUACUGUCAUGUUAUUGAAGACUGUUUGACUAUUCUGUGUAAAUACGUACACUAGGUAAAGUUAUUGUGCUUAAGCACCCUUCAGUCUUCACGCUAGUGUUCAAGGUCUAUCUUCUGUUUGAAGACGAUAGUUUCUAUUAUUGUCAUGGAUAUUACAUCGUAAAGGAUUUCUUUCUUCACCAUUUUAUCUAAGAUAAAUUCACAAUUCUUUUCAUUGAAAAGAACCAAUUUCAGUGAGUAUUGAAAAGUCUGAUUGAGCUUAUGAAUCUUCAGCAUUUCUGAACUCAUGAAAUGAACGUCUAGUGACAGGAUCAUGAUAAUCAUUUUCUGGGUCUCGCUUUUAUCAUACAUUUUCAUGUCUUGAUGUUCUUUGUGACAAUGCAUUCCCAGAUAUGUCGAAGACAUCACAGUAUCCAAUGGUAUUUUUUUACGGCUUGAGGUAGCCAGUUUUUUGUCCAUGCUCUGCAGCGGAAUAGUUGCCCUGGAGAAAUGCAUCUGUAGCUUGGGUUUCGAAGGGCUCUUCUGGGGAAAAUUGUAGCAUGUUCUAAACCUUGGUCAUGAUCGAAAAAGGGUACUCAAGUCCACCGCCUUAAAGCGUUGCAUGCAUCUUCUUGGACCCUUUUGCUGGACGACCAGAUGGGAAAAUGCCUCUGUGGUCAUAUUGCCAUUGAGAACUUACUGAAUAUUUUGGCAGACACAUUCUUUGAAGUCCUAUUUCAGCUUGUCAGUUUUCGUCAUUUUCUGUCUGUACCUCAAGCUUUUCUGUCUGUAGUUACAUACUUUAACGUCAUGAAGCCGUACUAGGCUUUCCAACAUUACAGGAUGCAAAUCCAAGGCUUCUUAAUUCAGUCAGAUGUCAGUUCAGUAGUUUUUAGUAUGUUUAUGAUAAUGAAAUGAUGAUUUUUACAAUGAUAUAAUUCCAUUUCGUUAUUUAAUGGAUUUGAGAUUACGAGGCCUCUGUUUUAGAUGUGAAAUAAGUUUUGUAUUGUGAGUAUAUUUAAAGAAUUCAGUUUCUGUUAUGGGACUAAAAGAAACUUCCCAAGUAGGUACUAAAGUUAUCUACUACAUAUGUUCAUAAAACAUGAUAUUAGUUCAUCUGUAUACGUCAAUAUAUUGAAAUGUCCACUAUUUAUUUUAAUCCCUAAGAGACGGAAGGAACAUUUGAGGUUGCUGUACAACAUCCAUCGCCAUGGUAUCAUUAUUCUCUAUGAUGAGUAACGAUAACCCAAAUGUAUUUUAAUUGGAAAGGAAACUAUUUUGACCAAACCGUGAAUUGUAGUAUAAAUGGAAAUGGCGAGCGGUAGAGGAUUCUAUGCACUAUUCAUGCCUUUUAAUGCCUAUCCUAUGUUCUUAACUUAAUUUAGUGUCAUUGUUCUUUUCAUGUGAGGCAAGAUUUGUUGAGAAUAUGAUGACCUUAAUUUUAUAUGUUCUUUUUUCAUCCUUUAUUCGGUAGAAAUGUGUAUUUGUUUUUCAUGUGGGUUUGGACUGUGUGCUUGUAGCUUAUUGAAACAUAUAAUGUCAAACAAUUAACUUAUGUUGAAGUGACCGUUUACUAGCUUGAUUGUACGAGCAGCGUUUUGGAAGUUGUGACUCCCUUCUCUUUACUGGUUAUCAUUUUUCACAAGUAUAUCUUUGAGUCACUGGCCAACUACCUGCUGCCUGGCCAUUGUGUGUUCACAGUUCUUGCCUUGGCCUUCCUGCCCUUCAUCUUGAACUUCCUAAGCAGGGAUUUUGCAGCCAAUACAUGGUUGGGUUGUGCAAGUCGCGAGUUGUAGAUGGUUUUCUAGGAAAUUAGAUUUGGUUAUUUGGAGUUUGCAUGUAUCUUUGUGAUGUUUGCGUGUUUUUUAUGUUAAGGUAGCUCUAACAACUUCUGUCUCGUUUCAAACAACUUGAUGGUGUGCAGCUGAAGCGGAAGCCUGAUUAUGAUGAAGGUGAAGUCGCUGAAUCUGGUGAAUGGGCAACGAGCCCUGGGAAUAUAGUUAACAGUCCCCUGCAAACCCCCGUGUCAGGAAGGAGGGAUAAGGCUUUUGGACGGUCCAAGUCUGUGAAGAACGUCAGAUCUCUGCCUCAAACUCCUGUUUCAAACGAUGGUGAGUAGCUUUACUCCGCUAUACCUUUAGUCCUCAAUGGCAUGCCUGUUUGCUUGCCUUUGGCGCAACCAAUGCCUAGGCCUCCCAUUUAAGGCUCUUUUCUCCCCCCUCCUUGCAGGCUCUCCUUCCAGUAACAUGGUCACUCCUGUUGGCACUUGUCGCUACGACAGCAGUCUAGGUGAUUGGAUUAAAAUUAUUACCUUGAGAAGAAGAAGAAGAUGACACGAUUAUUAACCAACGGAUAAUUGCACCAUGACACUUCAGGUCUUCUGACGAAGAAGUUCAUCAAUUUGCUUAAGCAUGCUGAAGACGGCAUCCUAGAUCUGAAUAAAGCUGCGGAAACACUCAGAGUGAGCACCUUCACUCAAAAUAAUCCUGGAUCAAACCGCUGUACGGUGCUUUUAAUCCCUCUGUCUGGAGACAGGUGCAGAAGAGGCGGAUAUAUGACAUCACGAACGUCCUUGAAGGGAUCGGACUCAUAGAGAAGAAACUCAAGAACAGAAUACGUUGGAAGUAAUCCGUCCUGCACCUUUCUCAUGAUCGUACCAUUUCUCCCAAGGAUGUUUGCCUGGCUUCUGUUUUUCUCAUCUUUGAGUGCCUCUUGCUUCUGACAGGGGGCUCGAUGUCUCAAGGCCCGGUGACGUCGACGAGGAUCUUGCGACGUUGCAGGUUUUGGACUGGAGACCUUUUUAUUUAUUUAUUUAAAAUAAUAAAUAAGUACAUACUUGGUAGCCGGCAGAAAUAGGACCGUCGUGGUGUUUUCUACACCAGGAACUGAUUGGUUGUUCUCCUUGGCAGGCGGAGGUCAAGAACCUCUCUAUCGAGGAGCGCCAGCUAGACGAUCAGAUAAGGUUCGUAGCUGACCAGACUGUUUGAACGUGUGCUUCAUUUCGUUCAUCUCCUUUAAAUCACUGACACUGAUUCUCGGCCUCACAGUGAUAUGCGCGAUAGGCUGAGGGAACUCAGCGAAGACGAAAAUAAUCAAAAGUAAAGCAAUUUUUUUCUAUGUUUGAACAUCAGAUCCACCAUAUUUCUAGCAUCAGUUUGUUUGUUGCUUACGCACAUGUGCCUUGGAACUGCUUCUUCAGGUGGCUGUACGUGACUGAAGAAGACAUCAAGGGCGUACCCUGCUUCCAGGUCCGCUCGCCCCGCCCCCCCCUCUCUCUCUCUCUCUCUCUCUCUCCCUCUCUGCCUUCAGAGAUUAGCUCCCGUUAAAGCCGUCAUUUCUAAUUGUGCUGCUCUCAUUGCAGAACGAAACCUUGAUAGCAAUAAAAGCACCUCAUGGGACUACGCUAGAAGUUCCUGAUCCCGAUGAGGUAUGAAAUCAGAGCGCCGCAGCGGCGGACUUGUCUUGGUUUUUGUUUUUUUUUUUUUUUCAUCCUUAUGAUUCCAAAUAAGAUGGGCUCCCUCGUUUCGCGCGUUAGGCCGUUGACUAUCCUCAGAGAAGGUACAGAAUUGUCCUGCGGAGCACCAUGGGCCCGAUUGACGUGUACCUCGUCAGGUACGGCCCCCAUCUCUCUCUCUCUCUCUCGCUAGCUUGCUGGCGCAGAGGCGAAAGUGGGAUUUCAUAGGUUCUGACGGAGCUCGUCCGUCUUUCAGUCAAUUCGAGGAGAAGUUCGAGGAGAUGGGAAGCAUGGAAGUCGCUGCGGUUGUUCAGCCCGUAUCAAGUCUGCCGCCGGUUGAACACAGAGAGAUGAUGAUUUCAGACGAUAACAGAGCGCAGGAACUCGAAUUCGGCAUGGCGCAAGACCCUCACCUCUGCGCGGACAAUCCCAGCACUUCGCAAGACUUCUCCGGCGGCAUGACCCGCAUCGUUCCCUCCGACGUGGACGUAAGUCCAACCUUACUCAGUCCCCCCCCCCUUCGUCCCCUCUCCCUAGAUUUACGACAUCAUGCAUGCGUCUCACGCUUAUUGUCCUCGGCAGACGGACGCGGAUUACUGGCUCCUGUCCGACCCGGGUGUCAGCAUCACCGACAUGUGGAAGACCGAACGUACGCCACGAUCCUCUCUCUCUCUCUCUCUCUCACACACACACACUCACUCACUCUGCGCACGAACCAUCUUAUAGUAUGGUGGUUGGUGUUUUUUGGUCCGUCCUGAAUCUGGGUUCCUGCUGACGGUGGUGGUUGGCGGAAGCGCAGAGGUGCCGUGGGACGGAAUGGGGAGGCUGACGGCGGACGACUUCCUGAUGGGCAACGCCGCCUCGCCUCGGCCUCAGACCCCGCGGUCGGGCAGCGCCGCGGAAGUCGUCCCCCCCGGCGCUACCAAUCUCGGCAGGACGUGA